CUAUCAAGAGAUUAAGUGAGAAACUUUUAUUUUGAAAUCAUUCUUUUUGCGCGUCCACAAAAAAGUGAAAGUAAAACUUAAACAAAUACUUCAACUCUAUCGCAGCUGUGAAAGUGGUAUAAAUAAACUCUAGUAUCGCAGAUUUUCCAAAUGAAUGGAUAGGCAAUAAUUGCUUAAUUUGGAAAUAUGACAGCAGAAGAUCAAGAUAAAAUCUCCUACUUUUUACAAAACUACAGUUGCCCUGGUACUGUGUACUGUACUGUACUUCAUGUACAGUGUGUGACGACUUUUUGUGAUUACACCAACGGAUUAAACUCUACAACAUAUUAUUGUAUUUCUGGCCAUGUUAAAUUUUAAAAUCAUCAUUAUUCUUACUGUCAUUGUCCCUCUUAACUAUAAAGUUUGUUUUUGUGGAUGUUCUCGAGCAGAAUAUAAGAUACACAACCAGUGCUGCCCCAUGUGUACUGCCGGAAAUUAUGUUCUCUGGCACUGCACAGAUGAUACCAGUACAACCUGUGCACCCUGCCCUAAAUUCACCUUUAUUGAUGAAUCGAAUGGACUCACAAAGUGCUUUCCUUGCAUUGUGUGUGAUGCAGGACAAGGUUUAAAAAUAUAUGAAGCCUGCACUAGAUCUUCAAAUACUGUUUGUGUGCCACUGGAGGGAUUUUACUGCAUUGACAAAAUUAAAGGCAGCUGCACUUUAGCUGUGAAACACACUAAAUGUGGUCCUGGAAAAUACAUCAAACAAGCAGGUACUGCAUCCACAGAUACUGUAUGUGAUGACUGUACAGGUGAAACAUAUUCAAAUGGAUCUUUCUCAUCAUGUAUGACACACACAAAAUGUGAGGCCUUGGGGCUUACCGAAAUAAAACCAGGAUCACAUUCAUCUGAUGCUGAUUGUGGAAAUUCCACUGCUGUUUCCACCCUCAUCACAAUUAUUGUUAUAGGAACUGGAUUAUUAUUAUUAUUUGCAUCACUAAUCGUGAUUGUAUAUAUUUGGAAGAAAAAAUCUAAUAGUUCAGGUAAGCUUUAUUCACUUUGUUAAAAUAUGCUGUAGUGUUGAGGCAUUCAUAUGUCAUCUUCUCCUUCUGGGCAUUUUAUGUAAAUUCAACAAACAAAUGAAGUAGUUUGUAACAGGUGUUAUGGACCAUAAGAAGUGAAAA